UGUUUGCGGACCGCCAUAAUAAUACAGAAGAAGAAUGUUGUCAUUAUUCUCUUCCUGGUUGAAAAGAUGGCGGCUAAUCAAGCUUUGCGCCAAUUAGUCCCUCCAUCCCUGUCUGCUAAAGUUGAAGGCUCAUUUGCAUAUCUCACAGUGAGAGACAGGUUGCCGACUAUCCUGACAAGAGUCAUUGACACCAUCCAUCGCAACAAAAACAAGUUCUUUGAGGAGUUUGGAGAGGAGGGAGUCCAGGCAGAGAAGAGGACCAUUGGCUUUCUUUCUAAGCUGAGAAAUGAGCUGCUGACAGACAAGCCUGUCCUGGUUCUGUGUGAUGGCCUGGAGGACACAGACAGCUGGAACCAGUACCUCCAGAGACAGCAGAGGCUACUGGGGGAGCGGGACACCGUCAGCUGGUUCAAGUCCCCCUGGCUCUACAUAGAGUGCUACAUGUACCGCAGGAUACAGGAGGCCAUCUGGCUCAAUCCCCCCAUCAGUGACUUUGAUGUGUUUAAUGAAAGCAAGACGCAGAGUUUCUUUGAGUCCCAGCAGGCUGUGAUAUCCCUGUGUACAUAUCUACAGGGAUUCAACAGGAACAUGGACGACCUCUCAGAGACACAGCUCAUGGAGCAGUUCUACAAACUACUACAGGUGUCUCUGUGGGGCAACAGGUGUGACCUGUCCAUCUCUGCUGGCAUGGAGAACUCUCAGAAGGCCAGUCCCAUUGACUCCCUGUCUGACCUGAAGUCUUUUAUCCUGGUGGACGACUCCAACAUGGUGUGGUCUGCUCUGACCUCUGCCCAGAGACCAGGGGAGGAUGGCAAAACCACCCCAGGGAGGGUGGACAUCGUCCUGGACAACGCUGGCUUCGAGCUGGUCACAGACCUGGUCCUCGCUAACUUCCUGGUGUCCGCUGGUCUGGCCAGGGAGGUCCGCUUCCAUGGCAAGUCCAUCCCCUGGUUUGUCUCCGACGUCACCUCACACGACUUCCAGUGGACCAUCCGCCAGACCCUGGCCGCCAAUCACAAGUGGAUGUCCAAGAGCGGCGUCCAAUGGCAGAGCUACGUACGGGAAGGCGUGUGGUCCUAUCACGACCACCCGUUCUGGACAAUGCCUCAUGAGUACUGUGACAUGGCGGGCGACGCGCCUGACCUCUACGCGACACUGCAGGGAGCCGACCUGAUUCUGUUUAAAGGAGACCUGAACUACAGGAAGCUGACUGGGGACAGGGAGUGGGAUCACAUGGUGCCGUUUGAUAUGGCACUGAGGGGAUUCGGCCCAGCUCCCCUGUGCAGUCUGAGGACUCUGAAGGCUAACAUCCAGGUGGGGCUCCAGCCGGGGCAGGGUGAGAACCUCAACACCCAGGACCCCAGCUGGAUGACCAGCGGGAAGUACGCUGUGGUCCAGUUCUCCAGCCCUCACAGGGAACAGUAGACCUGUCAGGGACAGGAAAUGACGUCAAUAUGUUCAUAAUAAGUGGUGUCAUCAUAAUCAGAGGAAGUAAGGGCGUGAGCAGGGCCAGUGUACUUGUAACCAUAUGCCAGGUUAGAGGUGUAGUUUGUUUUGUCGUAGAACUACCUAAUGUAUUUAAAUGAGGAGAGUGGUUUAAAGGAGGAUGAUAGAGGAUACUUUAAACGAGGAGGGUAGUAAAUAGGGAGUGGCUGCAGUUCCAACUUCUCUGGACCCGUCGUCCCGACAGCUAAAGGUUGGAAGCUUCUGUGAAUGUGUGGUAAUCUCUACUUUACACACCGUCUCUGUUCUAUUUGUUCAGCUGCCCAGAGAAGAAGCUACUCUGGCGAAAGGUGCUUGUUUAAUAAAGUUAGAUCAAACUUGAAUCAUUGUAAGAUUACAUAAAGAUAAUAUUCUACAUAACCAAAUAAAAUAGCAUAGUAUAACAUUACUGUAUGACAAAAAACACCUAAUUCCUUAUUUUUUAGGAUGAUUGUGCUCAUCGUCACUUUUUCUCUCAUGCGUUCUAAACUCAACAGUGCACGCCACUCAGCAAAUGUAUGCUACAGUUUAAUACCAUCUGCAAAAAAAUGUGCUCAAGGUACAAAACUAAUUCAAAACACUGUAGCCUACUUCAAAACAACACUGUAGCCUACUUCAAAACAACACUGUAGCCUACUUCAAAACAACACUAGCCUACACUCAAUAAUAUUUAAAUGCAUAUGCCCAUGAAACUGAUUGCAAAUGUUUGGCGUACAGAUUCUGCAUGGAUGUUUCACAGGUAAAACUUGGAAGAAUUAUCAUUCACGAUUGACAGUGAGAAAUGCGAAGGGAGGGUGACCAAAAGUUUGGGUGUGCGAGUUAAAGAAACACAUGCACAGAGAAAGAAACACAUGCACAGAACGUGAGUGGGAUCUUCAGCUCUGGGGAAAGGGAUCCAGUGGGAUCUUCGGCUCGGGGGAAAGGGAUCCAGUGGGAUCUUCAGCUUGGGGGAAAGGGAUCCAGUGGGAUCUUCAGCUCGGGGAAGGAUCCAGUGGGAUCUUCAGCUCUGGGGAAAGGGAUCCAGUGGGAUCUUCAGCUCUGGGGAAAGGGAUCCAGUGGGAUCUUCAGCUCUGGGGAAAGGGAUCCAGUGGGAUGUGGCUGUGACCUCUGGAUCCCCAGCCUCUGCCAUUUAAAUAAUGAUCAACUGCUGGUUAGCAAUCCAUCCUGGCAUAACUACAAAACAAUGACGUUUACUUCUCCCAUUUAACAAAUGUGUUGACGGUUGUUUACCAUCAUUCAGUACUAGGUUCGGGCUCUACCUCCAUUCCAGUUCAAAUCAGUUCAUUUAGAAGCAUUGAAAUUCCAAGUCAUGAAUUGAAACAUGCUUAUCUGAUCUUAAGUGACUUUUCCCAGCCAUAUUAUGUCAUUUAUGUUGUGUUUUUGUCUCCCCAAAAGCCACUCCACAAAAUAUAGAUUUGAGACACAUUUAAUUCAUAAUUAGAGGCAAUAAGGUGCAAUUUGAACAUUUACAUGUUAAGUUGGCCUGUCGUGAAUAGUUUAGAAUUGUUAUUUUAAGUUGAGACCUUAUUUAACACCCAAAGCCAGCGGCUAUUUUUUAGCCAUUUAUUUUGCAUGAGCUCGGCAAGACAUCACAGAGUAACUUGUGGUUGCUGGUAUUUUCUGGGUCUUAAUCAACGUCAUCAGUUUGUCUUGUCAAUUUAUUGCAUGUGUUUUUGUUUGCAUACAUCGGGGUUUGCACAGUGACCACAGUCCCGGAGUUUACAUUUUCAUAGUUAAAUAACUGAAGUUGAACUACAAGGUAAUGUUCCCACUCUGGGAAACUAUAGAUAAAUCAUAGUCUUUGGGGCAGUGCAAUCACACGUACAAGGUGUGUGUUGUUAAAAGAAUAGCACUAACACCUGUCUAAUGAUGUAUUUCUGUUUGUUUGAUAGUACAAAAUGUUAUUUACGACUCAUUAGAAUGCCUCUGUAACCAGUGCUGGUGCCGUUGUGAUCCUAAAUGACUGGAUUGUUCUCUUUGCAGAAAUCUGGAACAAAAAUUGUUAUAUUAUGAUGGACUUGGUUUAAAUAAAGAACUUCAAUAACUGG